GGAACGAGCAAGUGGAGCAACAACUUCAUAAUAGUACACACUCCUUUUUCACUUGAAACUUAAAAGCUACUCUCACAUUUUCCAGUUAAUUAGCAGAAGCGACGUUUAAUCUCAAAGCAUGAAACCCUCAAUUUCUCAAAUGGAUGUCGCCCUCAAAAAAUUUUUUGGGUUUUCUAGUUUUCGGCCGUAUCAAAAGGAAGUGAUUGAGAAAAUUAUGGAGGGAAGAGAUUGUUUGGUUGUUAUGGCAACUGGUAGUGGCAAGUCCCUUUGCUAUCAAGUUCCUCCUUUGAUUGCUGGGAAUACAGGCAUUGUGGUCAGUCCUCUGAUAUCUUUGAUGCAAGAUCAGGUAAUGGCUUUAAAACAACGUGGCAUCCAAGCGGAGUACCUAGCCUCUACUCAAACUGAUAAAACUGUGCAGACCAAAGCCGAGUCUGGCUUUUAUAGUUUGUUGUUCAUGACCCCAGAGAAAGCAUGCACAAUUCCUAACAGCUUUUGGAAAAAACUGCUCAAGGCCGGAAUUUGUCUUUUUGCUGUUGAUGAAGGACAUUGCAUAUCAGAGUGGGGUCAUGAUUUCAGGAUGGAGUAUAAACAACUGGACAAGUUGCGUCCCAUUCUCUCGGAUGUUCCAUUUGUGAGCUUGACUGCAACGGCUACAGACAAGGUCCGAUUAGACAUAAUUAAGUCAUUGAAGAUGAAGGAUCCUUAUGUUGCUAUAGGCUCAUUUGAUCGUAAAAAUAUCUUUUAUGGCGUGAAAUCUUUUAAUCGAGGCUAUCCGUUCCUAGACGAGCUUGUACAAGAAGUUUCAAAAUCUGUGGCUAGUUCUGGAUCAACCAUCAUUUACUGCCUUACAAUUAAAGAUGUUGAGCAGAUACAUCAUUUGCUGGAAAGCGCAGGAAUCAAGACUGGAAUGUAUCAUGGUCAAAUGGGUAGUGGAGCUCGGGAAGAGGCACACAGAUUAUUUAUUAGAGAUGAAUUGAAUGUCAUGGUUGCUACUAUUGCAUUUGGCAUGGGAAUUGAUAAGCCAAACAUAAGACAAGUGAUACAUUAUGGUUGCUCGAAGAGUUUGGAGACGUAUUACCAGGAGAGCGGGCGAUGUGGGAGAGAUGGUAUAGCAUCUAUCUGCUGGCUCUAUUACACGAGAAGUGACUUCACAAAAUCUGACUUUUAUUGCAGUGGAUUGCAUACAGAAAAUCAACGAAAAGCUGUUGUCGAUUCACUGAUGAAAGCACAAAAGUAUUGCUUGCUGACAACGUGCAGAAGGAAGUUCUUACUUGAACACUUUGGUGAAAAAGUUCCAGCAGAAAAUUGUGGAAAUUGUGACAAUUGCACUACUACCCGGACGGAGCGAGACAUGUCUAAAGAAGCUUAUCUUCUAAUGGCUUGUAUUCAUUCAUGUAGGGGUAAUUGGGGUCUCAAUUUGCCUAUAGAUGUUCUUCGGGGAUCUCGGUCAAAAAGAAUAGUUGAUGCUCAGUUUGACAGGCUUCCACUGCAUGGCCUUGGGAAGGCUUACUCUUCAAAUUGGUGGAAGUCACUAGGUUCCCAAUUGAUUUCUCAUGAUUACCUGAAAGAGACAAUUAGUGACGUUUACAGAUUUGUGAGUGUCAGCACCAAAGGAGUGCAAUACCUAAAUUCUGCAGGACCUGAUUGUCAACCACCUUUAUUCCUGCCUAUAAUCGAGGAAAUGAAUGAGGAAGAAGAAGGUUUACCAGGUCAAGUUGAAGGCUUGAAAACUUUGACAUCCUCCGAAUGUGAAGGAUUAGCAGAGGCUGAGGUUCAACUUUAUCACACACUUUUAGAAGAGAGGGCAAAGGUUGCGAGAGCCACUGGAACUGCUCCAUAUGCAAUCUGUGGUGAGGCUACCAUUAAAAAAUUUGCAUUAGUUAGACCAUCUACAAGAGCAAGAUUAGCAAAUAUUGAUGGUGUCAACCAGCAUUUUGUCACAACACAUGGGGAUCAUUUUCUUCAAGCUAUUCGGAAUGUUGCACAAGAUCUUAAUAUGUCUUUGGAUGGGGAGAUUAUAAUACAAAAUGUUUCAGUGAAAAAGGUGACUCCAGUUCAAGCCUAUCCGAAAAAGCUUACACCAGCGAAGUUUGAAGCAUGGAGAAUGUGGCAUGAAGAUGGACACUCGAUUGAGAAAAUCGCUAAUUUCCCUGGUAGAUCUGCCCCAAUUAAAGAAGGAACUGUCCUCAGCUAUCUCCUGGAGGCUUUUCAAGAAGGUUUAGCAACUGAUUGGCUCAGAUUUUGUGCUGAGAUUGAACUAACACCUGAUAUGUUCACGAGUAUCUUAAAUGCAGUAACAAAGGUUGGCUCCACCGAAAAGUUGAAGCCUAUUAAAGACGAAUUACCUGAAAAUGUAAAUUAUUCACAUAUAAAGGCAGGUCUUACAAUGCUAAGCUGUGGUAUCUCUUCUCCAUCUGAACUCAAUCAUCCAGAGAAAAUGAACGAAGUUCCUGAAGCAGCUGUAUCAUCACCAAACUCUUUGGCUUCAUGUGUUGCUGAAGAUUCUUGUAACUCAGAUAGUAAAUUGCCAAAGAAGGGAGAGGAUGAAGAAAGUGAUUAUGACGGCGAUAUGCUUAGAUCGAAGCGUUGCAAAGUUGAAAUAGGAAAUGAUAGUCGCAGUAUAAUGGAAGCCACUCAGAGUUCUAUAGUAGAAUGGCUUAAAAACUAUGAUAAUGGGGUUGCUUUGCAAGAUAUCAUACAACACUUCAGAGAUUCAAGUGAAGAAUCAAUACACACUUUGCUUGUUGACCUUGAAGGUGACUUUGUGGUAUACCAAAAGAAUGGUGUAUAUAAGAUGUUCUAGUGAAACAAUAUUGCUGCCUUAGUGAGACGGACAAGUUUUGGAAAACAUUAAUCAGUCACCCCUGAACAAUUCGGCGUGUAUCCAUUGUGUUUCUAUAACGAGAGCUGCAAGUUAUCCUUUUUGUAAAAAUGUGUCAUCCUUGUGGAUAUGUUUCAUCUUGUAAAUGGAUUCCCUGUUCUUAUGUCUCUUUGAAAGGCUAAACAACAUUCUUUUUUCGAUGUUUUAGAUGGUUAAGUUUCUCCGU